UGUUUAUUUCUUUUAUUACUAAGUGAUCUAAAGAACUUAUAGAGUGAAAAUCACAAAACAACCUUUAAACAAUAUUUUAAUUAUUAUUCGAGUUCUUUAGUUAUGACAAAAUAAUUUUUCGCCUUGCUAGAGGUUUUCCAGCUUAUUGAAGAUUAGAAGAGUGUGUAUAUAAGCAUGUAGUUCUAUCUUUUCUAAGUACAAGGUUUUUAAUCCAUUCUACUUGAGCUACCCUAUAGAAAAUAACAGAAUACACUAUAUUGAAUAUUCAAAGAUUCUUUGGAAAAACCCCGACCAGUAAUAUUUUCAAAACUAGAUUAGCGGUCGGUUAUAAAACAUAUUUGGCAUGAAAAUAUCGGUGCACUUAAAUUUCAAUACCAGAAUAGCCGUGGUUUCAAAAUGCACGAGGUAUUAAAAAUCCUCUUAUUAGUAUUCGCUUUUACCAAUGCCGAGCUUCCAAUAGCGAGUGCACCGAUAGGAAAAUUCAAAGGAACUAUAACCAAGUCUAGAUUAGGAAAAACCAUUUACUCAUUCACUGGUAUUCAAUUUGCAGAAGCACCAGUUGGUGAAUUAAGAUUUCAGCCUCCAGUUCCUAUAGGCCACCAUGAAGGUAUUUAUAAUGCAACAGUUGAUGCCCCAUUAUGUCCUCAGCCUUUUUUUAAUGAGACACAAGAGGAUUGUUUAUAUUUGAAUGUUUAUACUACCAAGUUACCAAACUGUCAUGACCCGAAUGUUAAAAAACCCGUCAUUGUUUUCAUGCACCCUGGAGGUUUCUACGCUUCAGGAUCGAAAUUUUGGGGUCCUGUAUAUUUAUUAGACCACGACCUAGUUUUAGUGACGAUUAAUUACAGAUUGGGGAGCUUGGGCUUUUUGGCCCUCGGUGAAAAAGAAUCGCCAGGCAACAAUGGAUUCAAGGACCAAGUUGCAGCUUUGAAAUGGGUCAAAGCGAACAUUCUUGCUUUUGGUGGUGAUCCUGAACUGGUCACCUUGAUGGGAAAUAGCGCAGGUGCAAUAAGUGUUGUUCUACAUAUGCUUUCUCCUAUGUCUGUUGGGUUGUUCCAUAGAGCAGCUGCUCUGAGUAAUUCACCUACUACACAGGUACCAAUAGGUCAUGAUGAACUUGAAUUAGCUAGAAAACAAGCCCGUUUUGUUGGUUGUCCAGAUGACACAGCUUCAAAUAUUUAUAAAUGCUUGAAAACAGCGUCCGCGGAAGAUUUGGGUGAUUCUCUAUUGAAAUUUGGGGAAUUUGAUGGAGAUCCGCUUCUUCUUUGGAGAUCAGUCAUAGAAAAAGACUUUGGACAAGAGCGAUUUUUAACAGACCAUCCAAUUACUCUAAUUAAAAAUAACAAAAUUCUCACCAAGGUGCCAUUUAUGACUGGAGUAACUAAAGAUGAGUUUGGGCAAAGAGCUUUGAUUGUUUUAAAUAAUCAAACAUUGCUGGAUAGACUAAAUAAUGAAUGGUACGAAACUGCACCAAUACCAUUUUUAUACGAAAGAAACACGUCUUAUUCAAGAGUUAUAAGUAAAGGCUUGAAAGAAUUUUAUUUUAACAAUAAAAAAAUUGAUAACUCCCAGGAGGAUAAUCUAGCACAUCUUUAUGCUGAUUCUUUGCUUGGUUUUGGAGUAAACCGCGCAGCAAAACUUAUGAGUGAACAUAAUUCUCAUCCCACGUUUUACUACAGAUACAGUUAUCAAGGAGAUUAUAGCUUUUUCUACUACCCUAACACAAAUAAGACUUAUGGUGUCGUACAUAUGGACGAUUUAAUAUACCUGUUUGACAUUCCGGCACAAUUUCCAGUGUUCAAUGCUACUGGACCCAAGGAAAUUGAAAUAGUCGAAAAACUCACUAGGUUAUAUGCUAAUUUCGCUAAACACGGAACUCCUACUCCCAGAGUCGAUCCAAAGUUAGACAACGUGAAAUGGGAGACCUUCAAUAAUAAAACUCAAAAAUAUUUGGAUAUUGGAAAUAAAUUGGUCAUUCGAGAGAGACUUUAUGAGAAGCGAUAUGAGGAAUGGGAGAAACUGUUUCCUUUAAGUUUUUAUUGAAAUUAUAAAAAUUAACAAAUAUGUUUAGAUCUAAGGUAAUUCAAGCACAAUUAAGUCAUUAAAGUUAACUUGUAAAUCCUAAAUCUGUUGUAUCAUGUUCACAUGAGCUUAGGCGAACAUGAUUUGGUUAAUUAUUAUUUUGAUAUUAUUAGCUUCAGUAUUUGCGAAAGCAAAAAUGUGUUGUUUUGAAUAUGUGGGAAAGAGGGGAUGUGCUUCAUGCACGAAGGAAAAUAACAACAAACAUAACAGGUAACCAUAUUAUAUCCCUAGGAUUCGAAAUAAAAUAUUUUGUUCCGGAGACUCCUAUAAACCCAGCAGCCUUAAGGCCAUCCCAGACAACUUUGUAUAACGCAUAGCAUGGCGCAUAACGAUACGUAAUGGUCUAUGCAAAACCGGACAAAACACACAAAACCUAAACCAUAAGGCAUUCGACCAAUCAAAUUAAGGAAAUUCUGUCAUACGUCAUACGUCAACAUUUAUUUUGUAAGUUAUGAGAUAAGUUUUUGUUUAUUGCGUUGUUUAUUUGAUUGCAAAUUUAGAUUUUUCAAUAUUUUCACUGUGAAUUAGGCACUUGAGGUUUGUUUAGUUUAAUUGUUUUCACAAGGGCCAAAUUAUGGACCCACUGGUAAGUGUCUGGUUGUUACCUAGCAGGUACUUUCUAUUCUCUAGUGCAUAGAAAGUACCUGCUAGGUAAUAACCAGACGUUUACCAGUCAGUCCAUAAUUUGGCCCUAACAAAAACAUAAAUAUUAUUAAAUAUAAUAAUAUCAUGCGAAAGUCAAAAAUCACAUGACUUGCAACGACGUAUUUUGAUUGGCCGCGCAUAGCACAGCUCCAUAAGUUUUUCAUUUUUAUGGAAAAUCCUAUGCAAAAGCAAUAUGGCUGCUCCUAUUCGGCUUGUGAUUGGUCGAAUUCCUUAUGCGCCUAUGCUAUGCAAAUAUGAAGGUAUGUCUGGGAUGGCCUUUAUUUUUAUUCAGUUGAUUGAUUAGGUAUUUCAAUCUCUUGAUGGUUUUUUUCCUAUUCGAAUUCUUGUAAACUCUCGCCGGGUUUUUGAAUUUUUGAUUUAACUUGAGUUCUAAAUACUUCUUACCUGUAAUGGUCUCCGAAGCGCAAUUCUAACAUAGAUGCUGGUAAUUCUGUUGGUAGAUUGAAGAAAUGGACUGAAGAAGAUCUAUGGCAGGUCCUCGUAGCGCCAUUAUCAAUGCUAUAGCUUUUUCUUGAUCGUUCUAUCCGUUGGUGUUUGCAGCGGCUUCAAAUUGUCAAAAGUACAUGUUCCAGGAUGUAGAAUCGUCAAAAGUUGGUGGUUUUAUCUUCAUACUAGAGAAUGAUGCUCCAACACUACCCGGAUUGAUGGACUGUAUUUCUAAUUUAUUCACCUUAUCUUUAACUUCUUGAACAUUGUCUUCAACUGCUUGAACAUCGUCUUUAACUUCUUGAACAUCGUCUUUAACUUCGGCUUUCACUUUUUUUAUCUUUUAUUCUAAGUUAGCGACAGACCCUUGUAUGGUUUGAAAUAUUUUCUGUAGUUUUCCAAGGUCUCCAUGCCGUUCUUGUUGUCGUCUAGCCUCUUCUUGUUGUCGCCUAGCUUCUUCAUCUUGUUUUUCUUUUUGUCGGUUGACCUUUUCGCGUUGUCGUCUAGCUUCUUUUUCUUUUUUUUUUCUUUUUGUCGCUUAGCCUCUUCUUCUUGUUUUUUUUUUUGUUGUCGAUGGGUCGCUUGAAGUUUCAACAUUUUGCGCAGCAGUUCUUUAAUUUUUUUGUUCUUCCAAUUUUGCUUGUUGUCUCGUAAUGGGCAUAUACAGAAUGUUCUGGAAUUUCCCUCAGUCUCUCGUCAAACAUCUUUCCUGGUCUUCAAUUAAAGUUCCAAACACGUCGGUGUAGUCACAAAUUAGAUAACUUGUUUUAUUCUCGCAUAGAAUGUUCUAGAAUUUUCUUGAAAUGUCUUUUCCUAUUGUCGAUUGAUAUAGCAGACACGUCGCUGAAGUCAAAAAUUCCAGAUAGAAUUUUCUAGAACUUACUUGAUUAUUCCACUCAUGUGUUAUAAGAACAAAUGGAUGCUGUUAGCAACCAUUUGUUUCCAUCAAAUUUCUAUAUUUUUUGCAUUUCCAUUAGUGAAAUAAUCCUCUUAAUACUACUCGAGCUUUAAAAUGGACCAGGUAAUUUUUCACGAUUGCGUAAUUUCUAUAAUUUGCAAAGAAAACACGCAUCCGUAAUUUUGAAGCUCUCAUGGUAUUAUCCCCGAAAAUUCACGAUCACAGUCAAAAUUGAGUACGCAGUCACUUCCGGGGUAAUUUAAACAAUCGGUUAAGUCUCUUUUGGUAAUUUAUAACCACAAAUUUCAGUUAUAUCACCAGCUAGCUCAAAAAAGAAUAAUAAUAUUCAAAGUAUAGUCAGUACUUACUAAACGUGGGUCUCUUGGACCUAGGCAUUGUUCUCGGCAGAAGGAAUCAUUAAAAGUCAGGUUUAAAACAAAGGACCAUAUUUAAUUACUAAACCUAUGUAGCUUUGGGUAACACAUAACAGGUAACAGUUAUAAAAGGCAAGUAAAGGUGUAACAAUAAUCGAUAUCAAAAGAUUACAUUAAAUAAUACAGUCGUUUUCAAACAUCAACGUAUUGAUUACAUAAGGGCAAUUAAUCAAUUACGCUAGACGAUCAACCUACAUAUGAAAAAUCAUCCCCUAAAAUACCAUGGUAUACCAGGCGCAAGAAGAUUAUAUUUUCAGCAUAACAAGGCCAAGAAAAUAUUUACUUCGUUGAAAUUUUCUUGGGAAUAGGUUCAACAAUGUUAAAAGGUCAGUCAGAUUUCAUAGGAUAUUUAUUUUAAACGUUUCGGUCAUUUUCGACCUUCAUCAGUAACUACAAAAAAAUAAUAAAAACAUUUGUUAAUUGUAUAAAUGUAUAAAAUAA